AGAAAACCAAAAAGAAAAAAAACUAAUUUAACAAACACCUUUCUCUUUCCUUCAAAUCCCUCUGCUCUUUUUUUUACUCCCUCUUCCUCUUUCGCGAUCCAUCACUGCAAAACCCCAAAAAAUUUUUCGCACACUUCACCUUCAUCGAUUCACAUUAUUUCACACCUUAGAUCCGCAUAAUUUCUCUGAAAAGAAAAAAGAAUCAAAACCCUAAAUUGUGUCCCUUUUUUUUUGUUUUUGUUUUCCAUUUCCCAUGGCGGAGCAAUUAGAUUAGGCACAAAUUUCUCGGAGCUCAGAAUUCAUGGGUAUUCCACGAGUUUUUGCAUCGAAUCUCUUCCUCCAAUAAAAAAACCUGUAGUUUUUUUUCUUUUUUCCUUUUUGUGUUGAUUUUGCUCAAAGAGGCGAUUAACGUGUGUAUAUGCACAUAGAUUGAAUCUCUUUGGUUCGCGGAUUUUGUUGUAGGUUGAGUGUUUCCUUUUCCUUUUCACGGCUUUUUAGGUGAUGGAUAUUGGUAAUCUUUCGUAAAGGAGGAAGCUUGGGAGGGUUAUGGAUGAUAGGUCUUGUUGAUUGAGCUGGAUCAGUGAGUGGGGAAUUGUUCUGCUUGUGAUUGUAUAUAUAAGUUCUCAGGUCCAGCUUUGGUAGAUUUGAGAAUUUUUCCAUUUCAGGGUUGUAUUGGGUUAUAUGGAUUAGCUAGGAUUGACCUUGUGCUUGCACUAGAAGAACAAUAGUUACGUUUGAUUAAUCUUUGUACUUAACUCUGUUUUAGUGUUGGUGCUGGUGUUGGAGUUGGGAGCAUAAUAGUUUUUGGUAGAUUUUAUAGUUUGGGUUCUCAAUGAGUGUGAGAUUGUGUUAUUGAAUUGGAUAAGUGAUGGGUAGUGACUAGUGCACUUCUUGGUAGUUGAUAGUUUUGCAUUUUUCAUCAGUUUGAGGUAGUUGGCAUUGUUCGUCUGCUUCGUUUGGCGUAGCUCUUGCUUGGAGAGAAAAAAAAUGAGCAUGGAAAGUGAAGAUAAAAUCUUGUUGGAUCAUGCAACUGAUCAUGGAUUGCAGAAGAAGGGGAGAAUAACAUAUACUCGAGAAUUUAUGUUAUCACUCAGUGGAUUGGAUGUCUGCAGAGAGUUGCCUAGUGGAUUUGAUCGGUCACUUCUAAGUGAGUUUGAAGAUGCACCCCAAGAACGACAGAGAAGUACUGGUGGUUUGUCAAUGCAUAGUUUCAGACGAAAUGAAUACAGUUCAUCCCCUCCCACUCGAAGUGAUAGUUUUUCGCGCGGGGUCCAUGGAAAAUGGGAAUCCCGUUCUUCGGGACGGUCUGACAAAGAUAGUGAUUCUCAAUCUGAAUGGGAUUCAGAUUCUGGAAAACGUUUUGGCAACCAAUCUCGCAGAUCAUGGCAAAGCCCUGAGCAUGAUGGACUUCUUGGUAGUGGCUCUUUUCCAAGACCUACUGGGUAUUCACCUGGGUUGUCUGCUUCCAAGUUUCGAGCUAAUGACAGCCACCAGCUAAAUCGAUCUAAUGAGCCUUAUCACCCCCCACGUCCCUAUAAGGCACCACACUCUCGGAGGGAGACUAAUGACUCUUAUAAUGAUGAAACUUUCGGUUCUUUGGAAUGUACGAGUGAGGACAGGGUGGAAGAGGAAAGAAAGAGGAGAGCUUCAUUUGAAUUGAUGCGAAAGGAACAGCAGAAAUCUUUCCAAGAAAAGAAUAAGCUGAACCCAGGCAAGAGUAAGGAUGAAUUUGACAUCAAUUCACUUCUAGAUGAUGAUGAGAAAAAGCUAAUUAAUAGAAAUGAUGAGUCAGUGGAGCCUGCUGCAAAUCUAUCAGCAUUAAGCAAUGAUGAGAAAUCUUCUGUUUCACAUGCUCCUUCAGCUGCUAGACCACUUGUACCCCCUGGUUUUGUUCCCCCUGGUUUUGGAGGCGCAAUGUUGGAAAGGAAUUCAGUCACCAAAACAUCGUCUAACAUUUGCGCAACAGAGGUUGGGCCGUCUGAGCCUGGGGAUACAAAUGGUAGUCAUGCAUUCAAUAUGAAUUCUGAAAACAUAGAAGAAGCAUUAUCAGUGAAGGAAGCAGAUUUAUCGGCUGUGGAUACUCCAGGCAUUAAACUUGGAAUGGCUGAUCAAGUGAGGAAGAGAUCUGCUCUUUCUGAAGCUUUGGAAUCAUCAGAGGAUAGUGAAUUUAUUCAGCUUAAUGCUGACGUAAAAGGCAAGGAGGCUGCAGGAGGUUUUGAUCAAGAAAACUCAAAUUCUAUCCUAUUCAAGCUUUUCGGUGGCAAUACUUCAACAUUAAACAGUGGAAAACCAACUAGUAUUAUUGAGCAGCCUGAUGCUAAAGCAGAUGAGCCUUGGAGUCCAAACACCUUCCAAUCUUCGAAGUUUGCUCAUUGGUUUGUUGAAGAAGGUACAGAAAAGAAGUCAGCAGAUGACUUGACACAUAGGCCAAAUGACUUGCUAUCACUUAUUGUUGGUGGUGAAAAAGGCGGUUUGCAGAUGCCUAAUAUGACAGCAACCCAGCACACUACACCUAAUUUCCCUUCACAAAAUCUUGAACCUGUUGGUGAGCACUUGGCAUCAAGUGUAGCACAUGCCAAUAUUAGUAACUCUGAACAAUUUUACAAGAGUGAGAAAACCGAGGUUGUACCAGCGGUUCUUACUUGUGAAGAUCUAGAACAAUCAAUUUUGUCACAAGUUGGUGAGAAUGGCUCGUCUAGUAAGCAGCCCAUGCAGGACAAAGAUUCUGAUGUAAAGACGGAGCCGUCAACUCCAAAUAUAGAUAAUCAUGCAUCCCACCACCUCCUUUCUUUGUUACAGAAAGGAACCUCACAUAAAGAUGUGGAACUCUCAUCCACUCUAGAUUCUAACGACAAGGUGCUCAAUCCCGAAGUAGCCACUGCUGGCAAUGUUAUUGAUAAUCCACUAGAAGCAAAUGCAGAUGUUUCCAGUUCAUCAAAGACAUUGACCCUGGAAACCCUUUUUGGGACAGCUUUUAUGAAGGAGUUGCAAUCAGUUGGUGCACCUGUUUCUGUUCAAAGGGGUUCAGUUGGAUCUGCAGGGGGUGAUGUUUCAGACUCGAUGUUAUUUCCUUUUCCUACCUCAGACACUAUUCACACUUCUUCAGGUGAACAUCUGGCCAGGCAUGGAAGUGGUGUUACUUCAGAAAAAUCUCAUCAACCAAAAUCAAGUAGAUUAGAGGAGCAAUGGUUAGGUUAUGGUGAUUCCCAGAGAGAUCUUAAUCCUUUGCUACUUGAAAAUGAGACUUCCAAUAUCAGUGGUUUCAAUCGGCGUCGUGAUUUUCACCUUCCUGAAGAAGACAGCUUGCUUUCAGUUGGUGAUCCUCUUCGAAACUUUUUGUCUGCUGGAAAUUCAGUUAAAACAGAUUUAUCCCAAGACACAUCUAUUGACAUUACCCGAAAGCUGGCUGCUCUGAAUCCUGGAUUUAGAGAUGAACGACUUGUGAGAAAUCAAGAAGGUCUACCAUACCCUCCCGGUCCUUAUGAUAUGAGGGAACCCGGGCUUCCGUAUAAUCUUAAUGUCCAAAGAGCUCCACAGCUGCAUCCCCCUCAGAUGAAUCACAUGGGUCCAAUGUUCAAUCAAAUGGAUUCUCAUCGUCCCCAUAUUAGUUCUUAUAUGAAGCUUGGAACUCCCGAGGGCAUGGUUCGUCAUGACUCUCCACCAAAUCAUCAAUUUCCUGGAAAUAUGCUUGGUCCUCCUUUCCAUCAACCAAAUCCUGGGUUUGAUCAUGCUCAGCACUCAAUGCUUCAACAGAUGCAGAUGCAGGGGAACCUUCCCCCUCCUCAUUUAUUAAGAGGAUUCCCGAGGGGUGGGCCAAUGCCUCCUCAUGCAAGCAACCCCAUGACUGGUUUUAUGCAGGAACCGAACCCAAUGCAAGGCAUCCCAUUUAGUGGUCACCAGCAUCCUAAUUUUGGCCCUGGAAUGCAAGUGCAAGCGCCAGAAGUAGGUGGUGGUAGAAAUCAUCCAGAAGCACUUCAGAGGCUUUUUGAGAUGGAGCUGAGGGCAAACUCAAAGCCAAUCCAUGCUUCAGGGCAUAGCCAGGGGGGAAUGUAUGGUCAAGAGCUAGACUUGGGUUUUGGGUAUAGAUAGUGUAUUUUAUCAUUGUUGAUGUGUAUACUACAAUUGUAUUCUCCCCGUGUUGUGGCUCAUCUAUAACUCAUGCAUGAAAUAUGGGUUUUCAAUAUCAUCCUUUUCUUUUGCAGA